AAAAAAAAAACCACUAAAAUGAAACUGAUCAGUUACUCUUACAUUCUUAUGUCUGAAAGAUUAAAGCUUCACUGCCCUGAAAGAGUUCAUUAAUUACGAGACGAAAUACAUUCCUACUGUGGUGUUCUAAUUAAGCGAAGGAAACUGAGGACCGACCAGAUUCUUUUCCAAGUCAUAACCAAAAGAUUGUGGCAUACUGUACUCCUAUCUUCUCGGUGUUUCCUUGGAAAUGUGAAGAGCAACGAUCUUCAUUUAUAAUAUAUUCCAUAAGGCUUGCCCGAGGCCUUUGGAACAAAUAAUCCAUAGGGGUAAGACAUGGAGAUUAUUACUGGAAAGAUUUUCGGGUACGCGGGUUCAACCGUUGGACGGCAAGUGGGUUAUUUAAUCCACUACAAACGCAACCUUGAAAAUCUACAGACUGAAGUGGCCAAAUUAAAUGCUGCAAAGAAAACAGUGAAUGAGAAGAUUGCCGUCGCUGAAACCAACGGUGGAAAGAUUCAUUCGGAUGUCCAGUUUUGGCGGGAAGAUGUGGCUAAAACUACAAAGCAGGCAGAAGAUCUGUUGAAAGAUAAGCAACAAGCAACUAUUGAAGACGCAAACAAUUCGUUGAAAGAUGACGGCCAGCCAAAGACGAAGUGUGCCCAUGGGUUUUGUCCAAAUCCGAUGCUCCGUCGUCGUCGAAGCAAGAUGUCGUUGGCAUUGAUUGAGGAUGUUACCAAGCUGAUCAACAAAAAAAGGGAACUUUCUGACAUUUCAUACCCCCCCCCCCUAAAGAUCUACAGACUGAAGUGGACAAAUUAGGUGCUGCUAAAAAGACAGUAGCUGAGAAGGUCAAUGCAGCUGAAGUGGAGGGUAAAAAAAUCCAUACAAAUGUCCAAGACUGGCUAAAAAGAGUGGAUGAGAUUAUUGAAAAAGCAGAAGCAUUCUUGAAAGACAAGCACCAAUCAAUUGAAGAGGCAAGCGAAUUGAAAGAUGAAAUCCAAGCAAUUGAAAAGCCAGACACCUCCUUAAGUCAUGGAAGCAAGGAAUCAUUGGAAUUGCUGAAGGUGGUUACUGAACUCUACGAGAUGAGAGAAUUUUCUGAUAUUUCAUACGUUCUUCCGGCAGACGAUGUAUGUAUCGCAUCUGACGAAGACUACGAGGAAUUUGAUUCAAGAACUUCAAUACUGGAGAAAAUCUUGAAGGAAUUGGGAAAUUCUAGUUCUGAAAUGAUUUUGGUGUAUGGUGUUGGGGGUGUGGGAAAGACCACGCUCGUUGAAGAAGUUCUAAGGAAAACUCAAAAAGAGAAAUUUUUUGAGGAUGUAGUAAUGGUACGGGAUGUGAAAAUUCCAAACUUGGAAGCAAUUCAAAAUCAAAUUGCUGACAAGUUAAGUCUGGACAUUUCAGAAAUUAAGACUCUACCUGGAAGAGCCGAUAAAAUAAAUGAAAGAAUCAAGCACAAGAAGACUCUUGUCAUUUUUGAUGAUGUUUGGGGAGAACUUGAUUUGAAGGCUGUGGGACUUCCCCACAAAUCCACUUGUAGAAUAUUGUUGACAUCCAGAAGUCAACAAGUAUUUUCUCAUAAGAUUAAGCAAAAAGAGUUUCUGCUUGGGGUUUUAGAUGAAAAAGAAGCAUGGGCUUUAUUUGAGAAGAAAGCAGGUGAUGUUGUUUCAGAUCCUACGAUUCAAAAUGUAGCAACUGAAGUAGCCAAAAAAUGUGGAGGGUUGCCUGUUUUUAUUAUCACUGUUGCAAGAGCUUUAGAAAACAAGACCCCACCCAUCUGGAAAAAUGCCUUAAGAUGCCUCGAAAGGUUUGAUGAGAAAGGAGACUUAACUGAAAAGGCAUACUUGGGUAUCGAGUGGAGUUACAAGCAAUUGAGUGUCAAGGAUCAGCUUCAGCCAUUGUUCUUGUUGUGUGGUCUUAUUGCAGAGGGCAACUAUGUUUCAUUUACAGACUUGUUGAAAUAUAGUAUAGGUUUGGGUUUGUUUGAAGACUGUACUGUGGAAGACGCACGAAAUGCCUUAUAUCAACAGGUUGACAAGCUUAAAAGUUCUUGUCUAUUGCUAGACGAUGAUGAUGGUACAUGUGUCAGAAUGCACGAUCUUGUACAUGAUGUUGCUAACAGGAUUGCAUACAGAGAUCAUCAUGUGUUGGUUGAAGAUGGAGGUCAUGAGAGGAAAAAAUGGCCAAAUGAAGAUUUCUUUACUGAGUGCAGUAAGAUCUGUUUGCCUUGUCGCAAUAUCGCCGCCCUUCCUCAAGUACCUUGGCAAUGCCCGAAAUUGGAGAUGUUUCAUUUGCACCGUGGAAGUGAUGAUUCCUCGCCUGAAAUACCAAGCAACUUUUUCGUGGAGAUGAAAAAACUCAGAGUAUUGGGUUUAAGCAAUGUGCCUCUUCUUCCACUACCCCCAUCUUUUUCAUUUUUAAAGAAUCUCCAAACAUUGUGUUUAGAUGGAUGCAUGUUUGAAGACAUUGCUGUAGUUGGAGAGCUAAGAAACUUAGAAGUUCUUAGCCUUGUAAAAUCCGAGGUUAAGCGAUUACCCAAAGAAAUUGGGCAGUUAACCCGUCUGCGGUUGGUGGAUUUGUCUGAUUGCUAUGGACUUAAAGUGAUUCCAGCUGGUGUCAUUUCAAAUUGGACAAGACUUGAAGACUUGAGAAUGAGAGACAGCUUUCAGAAUUGGGUGAGUGGAGAAGUCAUCUGUGAAACAAGUAAUGCUAGCCUUUUGGAGCUGAUGAACUUGCCCAAGCUAACCGCAUUAGAAGUACGCAUUCCAGAUCCCGACAUUCUUCCAGCAAAGUUUUUGUCUGACAGGUGGGAAAAAUACCAAAUAUUUAUUGAGCCGAAGGGGUGGUCGUGUGGUAUGUAUGAAACAACCCUCAACACGCUUGUACUAGGGCUCACUACCAGAUAUGAAUUGGACCAAGGUCUAAAAGUAUUGCUGGAGAGAUGUGAAGAUUUAUACUUUAUUGGGACGAAAGAUGUUGAUUUUUCAUGUAUCAUGAAGACAGAGGUUGUGAUGUCCAGCUUAACAACUUUGGAGGUGUCAAAUUGUGAUGGUUUAAAAUACUUGUUAUCAUCUUCUAUGGCUAGAAGUCUCGUGAAACUCAAACAGCUCAAGAUAUCAAAUUGUAAGGCCAUGGAAGAAAUAGUAUCAACAAGAGAAUCCCAAAAUAACAUAAUUUAUAAGCUAGAAAUCCUGGAACUGGACAACCUUCCAAAACUUGCUAGAUUCUGCACAGCUGGAAGUUGUAUUGAAUUUCCAUCAUUGGAGAGACUGUAUAUGCAAGAAUGUAGUAAACUAGGAGAAAGUACUUCAAAAGACACUACAUUCCGCAGAGAGAUUCAAGAGAGAGAGUUGGAUGAGAACUUUCAGGCCCACAAUGAGACUUCUAGCCAAAACUUUCUUUUUGACGAAAAGAUAAGAUGUCCAAGACUGGAGAUAUUGGAAAUCAUCAAUGACUACGACAGUGACUAUGAAAAUAGGUUCUUGCAGACCAUAUGGCACAACCAAUUGGAUCCAGACUCAUUUUGCAGACUCAGAGAAGUCUGUGUGGUAAAUUGUGUCAGUCUAAGAAGCAUUUUUCCACCUAGUAUGAUGGGAAGAUUGAGUGCUUUAGAAACCUUACACAUAAAAAGGUGCGAGUCAAUGGAAGUGGUAUUUGAUGAACGUAGAGAAACUAAUGUCAACGAAACACACGGCACAUCAACCACUCAGUUGAAAGACGGUCAAAAUCUAAAGUCAGUGGAUAUAUACUAUUGUGACAGAUUGAAGUACAUUUUUCCCGCAUCUAUGGUAACUAGAGGUCUUCAACAGCUGCAAAAGAUGAGAGCGCUUGAUUGUGAUGAAAUGGAGAGUGUUGUUGCCAAGGAAGAGGGGACUCUAGAAUCAACAAGGCAUCCCAACUUUGUGUUCCCAAAAGUUGAAUCUAUGCUUUUUGAAUCUAUGCAAAGGCUUAAGAGCUUCUAUCCCGGAAUGUAUAUUUCUGAGUGGCCCUUGCUCAAACAUUUCAAGUUUGUAGGUGAGGUGGAGAUUUUUGCUGCAGAACUAUCAGUCUUUCAGGAAGGGCAAUUGCAUGCUCCAACUAAGCAACCUUUCUUGCUAAUUGAUAAGGGUUCAUUCCCCGUCUUGGAAAAAUUGGAGGUGUCUACCGCGGAGAUUUUGUAUGGUCCAUCUUCAUCCCCAGUAGAGUCGAUCUUUAGCAGACUAAAAUAUAUACAUUUUUGGUGUAAACCCUGCCUCGAGCAUGCGGCAGUGCUUUUCCUUCAGAAAUUACCUAAUCUGGAAGUCCUAAAAUUGUACAGGAUUAUGCCCAAAAUAUUUGUGGACGAGAGAAAUAGUUGUGGGGAAACUGUAAGAGUCAGGUCCCUCCCAAGUGUAAGAGUUCUAGAGCUCUGGGAUGUUGAUGUGAGGCAUCUUCGGAUAGAGAACCAGCCAGCGGGCCCAGUUUUUCCAAACUUGGAAUCUCUUAACGUGAGCGACUGUUACAGACUAGAGAAUUUAGUGUCAUCUGCAGUAUCCUUCCAGAAUCUAACAAAGUUGGAAGUAUAUAAGUGUGAUGGAUUGAAGUGUUUAGCACCUUCUUCGGUAGCUAAAAGCUUAGUGCAACUCACGAAUUUGACAGUGGCGCAUUGUACAGAAAUUGAAGUAUUAGUGGCAGGCAACGAAGAUGAAGAUGAUGAUACAGAAAAUGAGAUUGCUUUCAGCCGGUUGCAAUAUUUGGAACUUUACUGGCUACAAAGUCUACAGGGCUUUUGCUCCCGAAAUUGCACUGCUAAACUCCCAUUGUCAAUCACUGUAGUUGUAGUCGACUGCCCGAUUCAGUUGAAGAUUUCCCCUGAUGGGGUACCAAUAGCAGAAAGCCUAAAUAUAACAAAUGAAGAUGAAGAUGGAGAUGCAGAUGGAGAUGCAGAAGGAGAUGGAGAUGAGGAUGGAGAUAGAAGACACAGCUGAUGAUGACCACUCAACUGCCAAGUGAAAUAUCGCGGAAGAGGCCCCUGCUAUCGAUUGGCCAUAACAAUGGUGUUGCAAGACAUUUGAUAUUUACUUGCUGUCCUUGGCAAUGCUGUCAGUUUCGAUGUUAGGCUUAGUUUGAGAUAAGACUUGCAAGCUACUGCCUCAGAGAGAAAUUGCAGAAGGCAGGCCAAGAAAUGUGGAACACUCAGUGUGCACCAUAUAAGUGUUUGGAAUUGCUUGUUUGAUUUGUUUGUAUAGACACUGCUGCAUUCCUUUUGUUAAUUUUGUGUUUUUCUCAAAACUGGGACAUGAAAGUGCGGUAGUAGGUAAUAAUUCAUUAAGCUAUCCUGGGUGCUGGACUGGGAGCCUUGUUGAA